AAUUCAGCAACCUCCUUUGUAAAUUCUCUGUUCUGUAGAGAUUACUUAAGUGUGGUGUGGUGUGUGCUUUUUAGCUAUAGCUUCCGUCUGGUUUGUGCCUCGAUAUCAGAUCUCAGAUUUAUUAUGUAUAUGUUUGCGUUGAUGAUAUUGCCCUAAUUUUGGUAUGUUGUUGAUUUACCGAUUUAAUUGUUUUUAAGGUUUCAACUUUUGUUAUGAAAUUGUAGAUAUUUUUGGAUUGAGAACUCUUUCGCCGGAAUAAUAAUGAUCUUGACUUGGCUAACCGGGAAGCCCAGGAAUGCGAUGUCUAUGCUUCAAAAACCAAUAGACGACCUAAACAAGACCCUCGAGACUCUUAAACAGAAGGAGAAAGUCUACCUCGAGAAGGCUGCCAUAAAGGUUGAGGAAGCAGAAGAACAUCGCCGGGAAAAUAGCAAACACCGGGUCGUACACUGUUUGAAAAUCAAGGUGAUGUACGAGGGUUUAGCUCAAAAUUUUCGGAAUUUACAGCUGAUGGUACAUGACGAAUUGAUUUUGAUGGAACGUAUGAAAAAGGAAAUGAUUGAAGCGUUGCAGGCUAAAGAUCUCACAACCAAGAACAAGACUACUUCUGAUCAUGUCUUUAUUUAUAUUUCUUUCCUCGUUUUAGUAUUAACAUACUAUAUUGUAUCCCUUUAUCUAGCUAGGUAGCUCAUAUUAUUGGUCUCUACUCUCUAACUACACUUCGAAUUGUGAUAUGGGAAAGUACAAAUUCCAAUUUUGAGUUAUCCCACCAAUAUGCUUAACUUAUGUUCUUCUGUUCA